AGGAGCCUGCCUGUGUGUGGGUGUGCACGUGUGUGGGGGUGUGUGUGUGUGUGUGUGUGUGUGUGUGUGUGCCUGUGCCUGCAUGGAACACUGUUACUCUGGACUUCCUUUCCAUAGCGGGGAGGAUUGCAUUUCCUCAGCCUAAUAUGCACGCUGGAAUACCGGGCCUUUUUUUGAACUCUCUCCCUUUCUCUCCAUUCUUCCGUAGAAAGGAAUUCUAGAGCGGGACUGUUGAUCGAGGGCAACUUUUUUUUUCCCUCCCUCUCACUCUUUCAGUGGCGAGGAGCCUACGGCGGCAGCAGCUGCUGAUAUCUGCGAGUGUGUGCGCGCGUGUGCCCGUCGUGCUCCAAGAGCACGACCGUGACGUGGAGACAUGAUGCGAAUCGGCACACCAGGCUCCUUGACCACCACCACCGCUACCCUGGAACAGGAGCAUGAGAGGGGAAUUAGGCGUCUCAGACUGACCCUGCGACCUGAGGACAGCUCUAGCCGACAGAAUGAGAGGACGAAGGGACCUCCACAUUCCGAAGGGAAGAUGGUCAACAGUUCCUGGAUGAGGAAGAAUGGCCUCGUGCAGAGAGAGAGUCCGCAAGGCCGGGAGUCACCCGUGGACGACAAGCCCUACGGCAGCGUGAGCGAUGGCGUAGAGCGGGGCCCGAUGUCAGAGCCCAGAGUGUUCGGUGUGGUGCAGCUCACGGGAGACCACCAACAGCAGGAAAUGACGGCGCGCGACUGGCCCGUCAGCCACCUGAGGGACGAGAUGAGGUACAUCCGCGAUGUGCGCGAUUCCCUGGAGAAGGUCAGAGAGCGAAUGUAUGGCCAGUUUGGGGGGAUGCAACAAUCAAUCCAGAAACUCUCCCAGGACCUGAAGUUGGCCAACUCCCAGAAACUCUACCUGGAGGCGGAAGUGAGGAUGGGACAGGCGGCUCUGGACAGUUUCGACCAGAUGAACAGCUCCCUCAUAUCGGCCAACAUCGACCUGCAGAAGUCCCUGCUGGAGACCUGUCAGGGCCGUGUGGGGAGCCGGGAGGAGAUGAGAGCCCUCCGCGCUUCCUUCGAGAAGACCGAACAGAGACUGAGAGAGCGAGAGAAGCAACUCAUCGUUGCCCAAGCCGAAAACCGUGAGCUGAAAGAACAGGUGGAGGCCAACCGGGAGGCCAGUGCUCGAGCUCUGAGGGAGAUGAACGCCAAGCUCCAGCGGGAGUAUGAGGAGAAGCUGCAGGAGCUUCAGAGGAAACACGCACAGGAGACUGAAGCUCUUAGGGCGCAACUGGAGGACUACACGUGUCGGCUAGAGGAAGCUGAGAGGAACAUGAGGCUCGCCGAGGCAAAGAUCGCCGAAAGGGACCAGAGGAUCAGCGAGGUGGAGCGCCUCUUGGACUGCAUGGCCCAGGAAAAGGGUGAGCUAACCCAGAAGCUGUGUGACUGUGAAAAGCGUUUACGGAGUUUGGAAAAUGGAGACCAAACAGAUUCAGGUGGCAUGAAAAAGACUGAGCAGUUGCAGUUACAGAAGGCAACUUCAGACCUGAAAGAGAGGAUAAAGCACUUGAAUGACAUGGUGUUCUGCCAGCAGAGGAAGGUCAAAACCAUGAUUGAAGAGGUGGAGACGCUCAGAGCUAGUGUGGCCCAGAAGGACAUGUACAUUUCAGAGCUGCUGGACAGGAUAGCAAUUGUGGAGUGUGAGAAUAAUGAGUUUGAAGACAAGCUGAAGUAUUUUAUGUCUGUACAGAGUGUAACUGAGAAUAAACCACUCACCAAAGAGGUCGGAGUUGGCUGUGACCUGCCAGUUAGGCAAAAUGACACUGAGUCCCACAAAUCACUGAUCCAGUCCAGGACUACCCCAACCCUUAGAUCCCCGAGCAGACUAGAAUACAGUUUACUACAAUAUACACCUAUGCAGUAUAGCAGUAUGCUCUCCUCAAACACCCAACAGACUGCAACAAGUCCUGGAGAAGACGCAUCGGAUUCAAGUCCAGCACAGUCUGAUAGUGAAGAACCAGCGUCACCAAAGUCUCCAGUUUCAGAACUGUCACCUUCCAACAGUAAUCCAAGCAGAUCGAGUCCUUCGAGAAUCCACACACCUUUUAUGAAGCUAAUGGAACUCUCAGCUAAAUAUAAAGUGAAUGAAAUAGGCAUAAGUGAAGUGAAUUAAGUAUUUGCAAUUUGUUCCUAAUCAUUCUGAUCUGUGAAUAACUUAUUUUAAGGGUAUACAUAUGUAUAUGUUAAUGCACUUUUUCUUUGUUUACA